CAGUGGAGACUGUGGAACUGUCCUUUGCCUCCUGCUCUGUGAGAUCAACUAUGGAACAUGCUGAAGAACACGAAGCAUGUCUUGAGCAAACCCAGAGGUAUUGUGUGGAGAGACCAAUAUAUAACCAAGAGCUCUUGCAAGCACAGCUGCAUAGACGAGAAAGAACACCUCAGACUUUGAGGCAGAAGAUUACACAUUCUUAUCGUUGUUCUUCUAAGAAAGCCAAGUCUCAUCUUUACAGUUUCUUACCAAUUUUAAAAUGGCUUCCCCGUUACCCAGUGAAGGAAUACUUAUUAGGAGACAUAAUCUCAGGUAUAAGCACUGGGGUUAUGCAGCUUCCUCAAGGUUUAGCCUAUGCUUUGCUGGCAGCUGUUCCCCCAGUAUUUGGUCUAUAUUCUUCAUUUUAUCCUGUCUUUCUAUAUACUUUUUUUGGAACCUCCAAGCACAUAUCAAUAGGUACCUUUGCUGUGAUUAGUAUGAUGGUUGGCGGCGUUGCUGUGAGACAAGUGCCUGAUGAAAUUAUUUCCGUAGGCUAUAAUUCUACUAACGUUACAGAUUCCUUUGAAUAUUACCAUGCUAGGGAUGCCAAGAGGGUACAGGUAGCUGUGACUCUCGCCUUUCUUUCAGGAAUUAUCCAGUUGUGUUUAGGUUUCCUUCGAUUUGGAUUUGUAGCCAUCUAUCUAACGGAGCCUCUGGUGCGAGGAUUUACUACUGCUGCUGCAGUUCAUGUCUUUACUUCUCAACUAAAGUAUCUCCUUGGCAUUAAGACUAAGCGAUACAGUGGACCCCUCUCAGUUGUAUAUAGCAUAGCUGCUGUGCUUUCAAAAAUAACAGCCACCAAUAUUGCUGCAUUGAUCGUUGGAUUAACGUGCAUUGUUCUAUUGUUGAUUGGCAAGGAAAUCAAUCUCCGGUUUAAGAAGAAGCUCCCAGUUCCUAUUCCUAUGGAGAUCAUUGUGGUAAUUAUUGGCACAGGAGUUUCAGCUGGAAUGAAUCUGAGUGAAUCAUACAGAGUCGAUGUUGUUGGGAAUAUUCCUCAAGGGUUACAUCCACCAGCAGUUCCUGAGAUUCAGCUCAUCCCAGCAAUAUUUGUGGAUGCAAUAGCAAUAGCAAUAGUUGGAUUUUCAAUGGCUGUAUCAAUGGCCAAGAUUUUUGCCCUUAAACAUGGUUACACCAUUGAUGGGAAUCAGGAACUUAUUGCCUUGGGAAUAUGCAACUCUGUGGGAUCAUUUUUCCAAAGCUUUUCAAUCACUUGCUCAAUGUCUCGGAGUCUUGUUCAGGAAAGCACGGGCGGGAAAACUCAGAUUGCAGGUGCUCUCUCUUCAAUUAUGGUUCUGUUGGUAAUUGUGGCUAUUGGGUACCUCUUUGAACCGCUUCCACAGACAGUGCUAGCUGCAAUUGUCAUGGUCAACCUGAAAGGAAUGUUUAAACAGUUUGGAGAUGUUGCACACUUCUGGAGAACCAGUAAGAUUGAGCUGGCCAUCUGGGUGGUAGCUUUUGUGGCUUCUCUUUUCCUGGGACUAGACUAUGGUUUGCUUACUGCAGUAGCGUUUGCAAUGAUAACCGUUAUUUACAGAACACAAAG